GUUUUGUUCCAGUCAGAGCUGUGGUGCUGUGGAGGUGUUUUGUUCUCGUAUUGUCCAAGAAACACUACUGUAGGAAAUCUCCGUUGACUAAACAGUUUUUGACACUACACAAUGGACAACUUCGCAGUUUCAAGACGAAACCACAUCGAUAAGAAAAGAAACAAGGAGAAUACUCAGCCUUCACAUGGAAGCAAGCCCUUCAUCAAAAGAGAUAAAACGUCUCUUGCGCCAUUCCACCUGAAAAGCAAUGAAAAAGAGGAGACCUUGGCAAAAAAUGGUCCUCUUAAAGCCAAGGCCAAACAGGCAGACACAAAGUUAGCAUGUGUUGAGGCUCUAAAAAAGGUAAAGACCGUGCAGAAAGAUGGGAAAGGAGCUGCUGCUGCUUCAGAUGUCACACAGCGACAAACAUAUAGCCGGGCCUUCCACACAGAGCAGGCUGUGAAACACAGAAAAAUGGUUGCAGAAGCUCCCAAGCCACCAGCUGCUGCGCAGUCAUUCAAAUCUGCUCCUGGCAUGUACAAAGGCAAGAUGGUACAGUCCAAAAUUGGAUCCAUUUGGAAGUCAAGUGCCAGCCUGGACAGGAUAGAUCACAAACGAUCAGCACCCAAAACAGAGAGCCAAAGGGUUGGAAAUGCAGCAAAAGCCAGGUCCAAAUCUGUUGCUGACCUGCCUAGACAUGGCACGCAAAAACCUGCACCACCAAGGUUGAAGUCAGUGGUCAGUAGACCUGCUCAGGUUUCCAAAUCCGCUGUCAUCAGCCAUCCUCCUGCUGGAUUCUACUCUGCUCGCGCUCCAGCCAGAACCGUCCCAGCAACACUAACCAGUACUAGUUCCAGAAACACAACUGUGGCUCCCACCAAGGGACGUGGGACUCAGAACUCAAAGCCAAAAAUUCCAGUGAUAGACAACAAGGUCAACAAGCCUCCUGUCUCAAGCACCCUUAGCCAGUACAGAUUUACCACGGAGACUGCAGAGGAAAGACGAGCAAAACUGGCUGCGUGGCAGGCUUCCAAGGGCAAGACUUUCAAGAGACCAGCCAUGACAGCAACACUACCCCCAAAAACCAGAGUCUCCAAACCUGAGGCUGAUCUCAAAUCCCAGUCUCAUGUUGAGCCUCAGCGUGCUGCACAAAGCAAAUCUGAACACAGUCUGGAAGAACAUAAGCCAGAUUCUGCUGCUGGUAACUGUGCAGAUACACAGGGAGCACAGUUAACAACAUGCAACCGAACCACAGCGAUCAUGAAUACUACCCUGGAGCUGCUUGAAAACUCUGAUGUAGAUCUGCCUGUUGACCCACAGGACAGAAUGGAUGACAUUGUACUAAACCUGUGUGAUGCUUUAGAGGCCAUAGUGACGCCCUCUAGAUGCAGCGAUGAACUCUCACAGGUGUCAGAUGAGUGUGAUGCUGAAUUGGAGGACGACAAACCAAAGACUGAAUGUAUAAAAGAGGAGGUGAAUGCAAUUCUGCAGGAUGUCUGCGAGCAGCUGAAGGUUGAGCAAGUGAAGAAUGAAGCAGAAAAAAGUGAUGAUAAAGUAGAGACGGAUGACGCUGAGGAAGUAGAAAGUGACGAGGAUGACGAUGUGAUGGAGACCACGCCACCAAUGGAGGAUGCUUCAGUCGUUAAAUACAGUGUGAAGACGACUCCAUACCUGCAAAGUGUGAAGAAGACGAUUGAAGGUGAGGCCGGUACGUCCCGGAGAAAGAGCAACAUCAAAGAUCUGAAGUUUCUGACACCAGUGCGCCGUUCCUGCCGCAUCCAGCGCAAAUCCUCCCACCUGCCAACGAUGCUGGUUGAUCACGAUCCCUGUGUGUCGUCACUGGCCGAGUUGGUGAAGCUCGAUGAUGAUCCCAAUGCCUACAUUUACAGAAAAAAUCCUGCCCUCCUAGAAGAUCUGCCAGACCAGACCAGACUGUGAGGAGCUCUGUACAUAUGUGUUCAGAAUUCUAUGAGACAGGGUGUAAAGGACACUUUAUACUGAUGUUAAGAUGGUUUUACUAAUCUGUUUCUGUUCAAAUAAUUUUAACUGUCACUUUAAAUCAUUUUAUUGUAUUGUGGGGACAACAGUAGUCCUGUCAAGUAAUUUUCUGUUCUGAAUGUAUUUAUAUGUAACUUUCUAACAUAAUUUUAUGUAAAGUUGACAUGUAUUGACAAA